AAUGGAGAAAAUGGAAUAUUACCUACUCUUCACUCUUUUUAAUGUCUGGACUGUUUUUCUGCAAAUAACCAGUGCGGAUUAAGUAGCAUGGGAGAUGAUUGUCGAGUGAUUGAAUUCAAAGAAGGAACAAAAAAUAAGAUCUUAAUAAAUCACGUCAUUAGGAGAGAUCAACUGCCAGACAAGGAUAUUUGUGAAUUGAGAUGCUAUCUUGAACCAAACUGCGUGUCCUACAACUAUGGUCCACUGUCAGAUGGAACAUUCACAUGUGAGCUGAAUGACAGGACCUACUUACAAGUCCCCGACUCCCUCGAAGACAAAAGCGGAUUUGUGUACACAGAAAUUUUUAAUUCUUGUGAGAGCAUUCCAUGCACCCAUCACGCCACCUGUCAAGCGGGCUUUGGUAACCAUGGAUACCGCUGUAUUUGUCCUGCUGGAUAUCAGGGAGUUCAGUGUAAAACAGAUGUUGAUGAAUGCGUACCAGGAAAACACCAUUGUCCCGCAGAGCGCAAAUGUGUCAAUACUUUGGGUUCAUAUCAGUGCUCACAUUGUAGACCUGGAUAUAUUGACGAUGGAGAGACCUGUCAAGAUAACUGGAAAAAGAUCAACACCGAUCCUGUCUGUUUUGGGACAAAAAAUGACGACUUCGGAUCCUUUGAAAUCCAAGAGGCCGGUAAAGUGUACACAUUCAAACUUGUCCAUACAAAUGGCACCGUAACAUGUAAUACUGACUUCGAAUCAACAAAGUGGGGAUGUUUACACCCAGAUUUGGGACGUCGUAUACUACUGACGGUGAUAACUUACCCCAACAAGACUGUUCUACCACUUGCUGAGUUCGUGAAAGGCAUUGAUGACUAUAGGUACCAACUUGACGGUGCUCAUGUCAACUCCCCGACGCUUGUGUUUAACCAGCUCCCCACCCCUCUGGUUGUGUCGAUUGGACAGCAGUUCCUAAUAUGGUAUGGGCAAGACUUGGCUUAUUAUACCGAAUUCAAUAAUGCUGGUGAGAUAUGCUCAGAUGUUUACGCUUUGUACCCUUAACCUGAACUUUAGCAUCGAACUUAACCUGAAUCUAUGUACAUAUGUAAAUAUCUCUGUAAAUCUAUGUAUCUAUGUAUGAGACCAAUAUAGUAGCCAGCUCCCAAUUGGCUUGUUAGUUCAGUUGGUAGAGUACUGCACCGGUAUCGCAGAGGUUAUGGAUUUAAAUCCCGUACAGACCUGAAUUUUUGUUAGGCCCUUAUUUCCAUUAUUGCUCAAGAAGUAACCAUUACUGUGAAGAUCGCAUUCAUAUUCAUAGCUUAAAACUGUAGUUCACAUAUAUGAUAUUCACAUAUUUACAGUAGUGUAAACACUGUCACGCGGGAAUCGUCACGCGGCGUAAGGUGGCAAAACAGGGCGCACUUUUAUGCCUUUCUUUGAUGGUGGAAUCCACGUUGGAAGUGCUUUUAAAGAGAAGCUCGACUUGGCGACAGGUAUGGGAAACAUGGACAAUGGACAAUGCGCUCGAGUCACAAACAAAUACUGGAGGAUUUGGCGGUAGACCCUCACUGAAAAAUGAUGGCGAGCGUACAUUUCGAAAGAGAUCGUGCUCUCUGCAAAUAUUUCAAAAAAAGUUCUUACUAGAUCUCACACGAGCUCAAUCCAGCAACAAUAAAGUGAUAAAACACCUACA